AUGCAACGGCGCGGCGUGGGGCUCGGGUGGCCGCGGCAGCAGCAGCAGCAGCAGCAACCCCCGCCGCCCACGGUCGGCCCCCGGGCCUCAACCAUGGUUCCCCUGAGCGGCGGCUGCUCCCAGGGCCUCGGCGGCCGCCCUGCCUGCGCGCUGCUCCUCCUCUGCUACCUGAAUUUUGUACCAUCUCUGGGCAGGCAGACUUCCUUGACUACAUCAGUGAUACCCAAAGCUGAGCAGAACGUGGCUUACAAAGACUUCAUUUAUUUUACUGUCUCUGAAGGAAAUGUUCGCAAUGUCUCCGAAGUCUCGGUUGAGUAUUUAUGCUCUAAGCCUUGUGUUGUCAAUUUGGAAGCAGUUGUCUCAUCUGAGUUCAGGAGUAGCAUUCCUGUGUACAAAAAAAGAUGGAAGAAUGAGAAACAUCUUCACACCAGCAGGACACAAAUAGUGCAUGUGAAAUUUCCAAGCAUCAUGGUUUACAGAGAUGAUUAUUUCAUCAGACACUCCAUUUCGGUAUCCGCAGUGAUACUACGCGCUUGGAUUACUCACAAAUAUAGUGGUGGAGACUUGAAUGUGAAAUGGGAGGAAAACUUGCUACAUGCUGUAGCGAAGAAUUUCACUCUGCUGAAGGCGGUCCCCCCUUUUGAACGCCCUUUCAAAGAUCAUCAAGUGUGCCUUGAGUGGAACAUGGGUUAUAUUUGGAACCUUCGGGCAAACAAGAUUCCCCAGUGUCCUUUUGAAAAUGACUUGGUUGCCCUCCUGGGCUUUCCCUAUGCCUCCAGUGGGGAAAACACAGGCAUCGUGAAGAAGUUCCCGAGGUUUCAGAACCGAGAGCUGGAGGCCACCCGACGCCAGCGGAUGGAUUACCCAGUAUUUACUGUUUCACUGUGGCUUUACUUACUCCAUUACUGCAAGGCCAAUCUCUGUGGGAUUCUGUAUUUUGUUGAUUUGAAUGAGAUGUACGGCACACCUUCUGUGUUUCUUACUGAAGAGGGCCACUUGCAUAUUCAGAUGCAUCUUGUCAAAGGAGAAGACCUUGCUGUGAAAACUAAAUUCAUCGUCCCUUUGAAGGAGUGGUUUCGGCUGGAUAUCUCUUUUAAUGGAGGCCAGAUAGUAGUAACCACUGGCAUUGGUGAGGAUUUAAAAAGCUACCAUCACCAAACCAUCAGCUUCCGGGAGGAUUUCCAUUACAAUGACACUGCUGGCUACUUCAUCAUUGGAGGGAGUAGGUAUGUGGCUGGCAUCGAAGGGUUUUUUGGACCGCUGAAGUACUACCGCCUCCGCACUCUGGACCCUGCCCAGAUUGUUAAUCCCCUCCUUGAGAAGCAACUUGCUGAACAAAUCAAAUUAUAUUAUGAAAGGUGUGCUGAAGUUCAAGAAAUAGUGUCUGUGUAUGUGUCCACAGUGCAGCAAGGCAGCAAAAGCGAACAAGCAUGUGACCUCCGGAACCCCUACCUGGACCUCAAGCACAGGUAUGGGAGCCCAUUGACUUGCAGAGCCUUCCCCUGGCAGAAAGAACUGAAAGACAAACAUCCCAGCUUGUUCCAGGUCUUGCUGUCGAUGGAUCUGUUGACUGUGCCAGGAAACUCGGAUGAAUCCAUAUUAGAAAUCGGUGGGAGGAUAUUUGAGAAGGCUGUAAAGAGACUCUCCAGUGUUGAUGGGCUUCACCAAAUUAGCUCUGUCAUUCCCUUUCUGAUGGAUUCCAGCUGCUGUGGAUACCAUAAAGCGUCCUACUACCUCACAGUCUUUUAUGAAACUGGAUUAAGUGUACCCCAGGACCAGCUGCAGGGUAUGUUGUAUAGUUUGGUUGGAGGGCAAGGUGGUGAGAGGCUGUCUUCAAUGAAUCUUGGGUACAAACACUACCAGGGCAUUGAUAACUAUCCCCUGGACUGGGAACUGUCCUAUGCCUACUACAGUGUCAUUGCCAUGAAGACUCCCCUUGACCAGCACACGCUACAAGGAGAUCAGGCAUAUGUUGAAGCAAUUAGAUUGAAGGAUGAUGAAAUACUCAAAGUACAAACCAAAGAAGAUGGAGACGUCUUUAUGUGGUUAAAGCAUGAAGCCACCCGAGGCAAUGCUGCAGCUCAGCAACGAUUGGCACAAAUGCUCUUCUGGGGGCAGCAGGGCGUGGCCAAGAACCCUGAGGCGGCAAUCGAGUGGUACGCCAAGGGCGCGCUGGAGACCGAGGAUCCUGCCUUAAUAUAUGACUAUGCCAUUGUGUUAUUCAAGGGUCAAGGAGUGAAGAAGAACAGGCGGCUGGCUUUAGAGCUGAUGAAGAAGGCAGCUUCCAAGGGAUUGCAUCAGGCAGUCAAUGGCCUGGGAUGGUAUUACCACAAAUUCAAGAAAAAUUAUGCCAAAGCUGCCAAGUACUGGUUAAAAGCAGAAGAAAUGGGGAACCCAGAUGCGUCGUACAAUCUUGGCGUCCUGUAUUUAGAUGGCAUUUUCCCAGGCGUCCCCGGAAGGAAUCAAGGAGACAUAAACAGGCUUGACAAGUUUGAGGAAUUAUGGGCAAAGCACGUAGCUGAGAAAAAUGGCUACUUGGGCCAUGUGAUUCGCAGAGGCCUCAACGCCUACCUGGAGGGCUCAUGGCAUGAAGCUUUGCUGUAUUAUGUUUUAGCAGCAGAAACUGGAAUUGAAGUGUCACAGACAAAUUUAGCACACAUCUGUGAGGAGAGGCCAGACCUGGCUGAGAGAUACUUGGCUGUUAAUUGUGUUUGGAGAUACUAUAAUUUCUCCGUUUUUCAAAUCGAUGCUCCUUCAUUCGCGUAUUUGAAAAUGGGAGACCUUUACUACUAUGGCCAUCAAAACCAGUCACAAGACCUAGAGUUGUCUGUGCAGAUGUAUGCCCAAGCAGCAUUGGAUGGAGACUCCCAGGGAUUUUUUAACCUGGCCCUGCUCAUUGAGGAAGGUGCUAUAAUCCCACACCAUAUUUUGGAUUUCUUGGAAAUUGACCCCACCAUCCAUUCUAGCAAUUUUUCCAUCCUCCAGGAACUGUACGAAAGGUGCUGGAGCCACGGUAGCGAGGAGUCAUUCAGCCCCUGCUCCCUUGCCUGGCUUUACCUUCACUUGCGGCUUAUCUGGGGCGCCCUCCUGCACUCUGCCCUGAUCUACUUUCUGGGCACCUUCCUGCUGUCUGUGUCGAUCGCCUGGACUGUGCAGUAUUUCCAGUCUGUCUCAGCCCACGGUUCUUCUCCAACACCAGCCCGGACCUCCCCAGAGCCUGCUGCUUCCACUUCAAGUCCAGCUACGACUUCAGCUGCACAUGCCUUGGAUCAGGGCCAGCCGACGGUCACUAAUAACCCAGAGCCACGGGGGUGA